UUAUUUAAUUUUCAGUUUAUUUAAGCGUUUUUGUCUUGGAAAUUGAAAAGGUUACGUUGAACACCAAUGAAAUGAGAAAACAAAUACAUCCUUAACUCUUUACCUAGCUAUUUUUUUUUAGAUUAGGAAUUUAAAUUUCUUAAACCAAGAAUGGUUGAAGAAGAUUUAUCAUUCUCCUAGCAUGAUUUGAAAUCUGUUUGAACGGUCAAUUUUUUUUUGAAAUACCUAAAAAAAAAAAGGCGGGCUAAUUUUCAUUCCACCCUCUUUUCCCAAUUUUUGAAGUUAUAAGGCAACAAAUCAAUCAAAUUUUCCCAAAUUCAUCGCCCAAACGCCAAAACCCUCAAAUCUCUCUCUCCCAACCUCAGAGAGAUUCGACAUUGGCGAGAGGACAACGAAGUCCUCACCUCAGAUCUUCAUUCUAUUCCGAUUUCAUACUAUGAGAGGAUCCAAAUUCAAAUAUCAUCUGGUUCCUCAGGUUAUCAAUGGAAUCUCUCCCUGAUGCCAUGCUUCAACACAUCUUGUCUUAUAUCAAUAAAGCUCAAGAUGUGGCAGCUUGCAAUUGUGUUUCUAAGCGAUGGAAGGAGUCAAUGGCUUACAUUAGAACUCUCUAUUUUCCUCGCAACUCAUUUGAUAACUUUUUUGUUGGGGAAAGUUCUGAUAGCAUUGUGAGAAGAAUGAUAUCAAGGGUUGUGCAAUUAGAAGAACUAGUUGUAUACAGCCCCUUUUCCUCUCCUGGCCUUGCUUCAUGGCUAUCACUUGCGGGUUCGUCUCUUUCUCAGCUUGAGCUUCGAAUGGAUAACCUAUCUGGCAACCAGGCCUCCCGUGAAAGCCCUUCGAAAUUGGAUUGUAUUGGUGUGGCAAAGAAUUUGAAAUCUCUGAGACUCUGGGGUGUCUUAAUGAUUAAUUCUCCAAAAUGGGAUGUUUUUCAGAAUCUUAGCACCCUAGAGAUAAUUGGUGCAAGAUUUGAGGGCCCUGUAUUGACUGUAGUGCUUCAGUCAUGUCCAUAUCUGAGAAGGUUGCUACUGCUGGGAUGUGAGGGGGUUGGAUCAAUCUCAAUUGACCUUCCCUACUUAGAACAGUGCAAGCUGGAUUUUCAUGGUAUGGGGAACUGUUCACUUAUUCUAGCCUCCCCGAAAAUUGAAUCCCUUGAGGUGCAAGGCUGUAGUUGGAUUAGGGUUCCUGAAACCCAGCAUCUGAGGAAUCUUACAAUAUCCAAUAGUUCAGGGAGAGUAUAUAGGAUUGAUUUUGGAAACCUCCCAGCUCUGGAGUUUUUGUCUAUGAGGGGGAUCCAGUGGUGCUGGGAUGCUAUAUGCAAAAUGCUGAAAUUAGCAAGUGAGGUGAAGCAUCUUUUUAUGAAGGUGGAAUUCACUGGGGACCAUGAGGCUCUUCAACCCUUUCCAGAGAUUGAUUUUGUUGAUUUUUUCAACAGCCAUCCCAAGCUGCGCAAGUUCGACAUCCAUGGAGCUAUGUUUGCAGCACUUUGCCAGAAGAACAGUCUGAAACAUGUGGAUCCAGGGUUUUCUAUUCCAUAUUUGGAGGAGGUUGCGAUCACAGUGAGAUCACCACUAAAUGCUGAACAAAAGAUGAGUACACUUGAAUCCUUGUUGAAGUAUGGCAAAAACAUAAGGGCUAUGGUUAUCAAGAUUCUUCAGAUGAAGAGCUCUCAUAGCAGUGCUGAUGAUUUUUUUGACGAGAUUUGCCGGUUUAGCUGCAUGAACCGUAAGAUAGUUCGAAUAGAAUAAAGGUUAGAACAAACUUUUAUUUCUCGAUGCGUUCUUAAUUCUUAAUACAGAACAUUUCGUGUUGGUUUCCAGUUUCAACUGGAGUGCUGAGUUGAUAGUAUCUCAAUUUUGAGGAGCUAGUUUCUUGUUUUGAAUGUGAUUUGAAAAUUGAUAGUAUCCUUUUAGCCAAUUUGGAGAAUGAAUGUUUUACCGAAUUUUCCAUGAUUAUUACCAAUAGUUUUGGAUAAUAAUGUCGCUACGGAUUUUUCUAAAAAGAUAA